AAAUUUCAGAACAAUUAACUCCUUGUUACUGUUAUAUUUGCUCCCCCAAACAAUGGAGAAUGUCACUACAGUGAAUGAGUUCCUUUUACUUGUUCUGACCAGUGCUUUGGAGUUACAGCCUUUCUUCUUUGUGAUAUUUUUCAUCAUUUACCUGAUAAAUUUACUUGGAAAUGGAGCUGUAUUAGUGAUUAUUAUCUUGGAGCCCAAACUCCACUCUCCUAUGUAUCUUUUUCUGGGAAACCUUUCUUGUCUGGAUAUUUGUUACUCUUCAGUGACACUGCCUAAGUUGCUUAUAAACCUCCUCUCUUCUCAGAAAGCCAUAUCCUUCUCAGGCUGCAUUGCUCAGCUCCACUUCUUUCAUUUUCUGGGAAGCACAGAGGCCAUCUUACUAGCUAUUAUGGCCUUUGACCGAUUUGUGGCCAUUUGCUACCCACUCCGCUACAUGGUCAUCAUGAACCUCCAGGUGUGCACUCUGCUGGUAGGUGUAGCCUGGCUCACCAGCUUCUUUUAUGCCCUGAUGCAUUCAGUCAUGACUGCACGCCUGAACUUUUGCAACUCUCAGAAAAUUAAUCAUCUCUUCUGCGAUGUCAAGCCCCUCUUGGAAUUGGCCUGCAACAACACACUACUCAAUCAACGGCUUCUUUCCAUUGUCACAGGCAGCAUAUCCAUCGGAGCUUUCUUCCUGACUCUUCUCUCCUACUUUUACAUUAUUGGCUUCCUUCUGUUCAAGCACCAGUCCUGCAGUGCACUCCACAAGGCUCUAUCCACUUGCGCCUCCCAUUUCGUGGUGGUUUGUCUCUUCUAUGGAACUGUGGGGUUCACAUACAUUCGUCCUGCCUCAGCUUCCACCAUGAUUCAGGACCGGAUGGUGGCCAUCAUAUACAGUGCAGUCACCCCAGUGCUGAAUCCACUGAUAUACACUCUUAGGAAUAAAGAAGUGAUGUUGGCUCUGAAGAAAAUCUUUGGGAGGAAGUUUUUGUUUAAAGACUGCCGGCAGCACCACUAA